CUUGAUCCGCAUCUGUUUUACCUAAAAUCCAUUUUCGUCUUCUCUCCCGUUUGCUUGCUCCGCACAACUCCAGACUCGAAAACAAGUCACAGUUGCAAUAUACCUCUCCUUCUCUCUCUCUCUCUCUCUCUCUCUCUCUCUCUCUCUCUCUCCCGAUCACUUUCUUAUUCCGAUCCUCCCCCUCCCCUCUCCAAUUUGUGUAUUCAUCCGUGCCCUCCUCGCAUGCUCAUGCGAUAGGAAGCGCAGCGGAACCAAUCUUUCUUCAAGCUUCACCAGCCAUUUCUUGCUCAAGAUUCUAUCGACCAAUCCACAAACAAGUGAUUCUUUGGAACCUUUUUGUGACAAAAAUUAGCAUUCUAUUGAUUACGACACCGAUGAAUACUACAUCCUUCAUGGACAAGCAGAUAAUGGACCUGUCACAGGGAUCGUCACAGCACAACAACGACUUCCUUGACCUGAUGAACAAUUCCCAAGAGGAAGAGCACCAGGUGGGUCAUGGAAAUGGGAUUUCCAAGAAGGAAGAGAUCUUGCCGAACUAUGAUUUCCAGCCCAUCCGUCCCAUCACUGGAGCCUCUUCGCAAUCCCCAAGUUUUGAUGCUACACCUAAUCUCGGAGGUGGAGGAGGAUCCACUAGGGCUUGGAACUCCCAAGAGUCCAAGUCCAACACCAAUGCUCCUAUCAGAAAUUAUGGUUCUGUGGAUUCCUUCGAACGUGCAAAAGAUGUUGUGGAGAAGGACCGACAUGUUCCUGAUGCUACAAUUAUAUCAGAGAUUGACCACACCAUGAAGAAGUAUGCUGAUAAUUUACUUCAAGUUAUGGAAGGUAUUAGUGCACGACUAACACAACUUGAGAGCAGAACCCGCCACCUUGAGAAUUCUGUUGAUGAUUUGAAGGUAUCUGUGGGAAACAAUCAUGGAAAUGCUGAUGGAAAGAUGAGACAAAUGGAGAAUAUUCUUAGAGAUGUGCAAAUAGGUGUUCAGGAUUUGAAGGAUAAGCAAUCAAUAGUAGAGGCUCAGCUGCAGCUUGGGAAGAUACAGCUAUCAAAUCCCAAGGUAGAUCCUCAAUUGGAAUCUCGGAAUGCUCUGAAUGCAGAUUCUGGGCAUAAAGUAGCCUCUGCUCCUCAACAAUCUCACCAACAGCUUCCUCCUGUGAACAUUCCACCAUCACUUCCUGCUGUUUCUCCACCAAAUGCUCCUCCACAGCCUAUGCUCCAAAGUGUACCACCUUCAAUUCAGCAUCCAAAUCAGUACUCUCAGAACCAGAUCCCUCCUGUUCCUCAGCGAGACCAAUAUUUCCCUGCUGCACCUGUUCAAACUCAAGAAGCUCCAAAUCAGCAAUACCAAUUGCCUGCAGGUCAGCAGUCACUCCCCCCUCCUACGGUACCUCCGCAUCAACAAUUUCAGCCUACCAGUCAACCACAGUAUCCUCAGCCACCGCCCCAGCUUCCUCAACAGCACCAUUCACUUCCACCUGUUAAUCCCUCUCAACUCCAGCCUACCCUAGGUCACCAUGCUGAAGAUACUCCUUAUGUUCCUUCCCAGACCUACCCACCCAGUCUUCGCCAGCCACCUUCUCAGACACCUAGUGGGCCUCCUCCCUCCCAACAAUAUUAUAGUCCAACAUCCAAUGUAUAUGAGCCACCAUCUAGCAGACCUAAUUCAGGGUAUUCCUCUGGGUACCCUCCUUCUGGGCUUAAUGAACCGUAUCAUUAUGGUGGAUCACCUUCUCAAUAUGGUGGUACCUCCUCGAUGAAACCACAACUCUCUUCUGCUACUGCUCAAAGUGGAGGAAGUGGUUACCCACAGCUCCCAACAGCUAGGGUAUUGCCACAUGCAGUGCCUGCCGCCUCUGGUGUAAGUGAUCGAUCAGGUUCAGCUGGGACUGGAAACAAGGUUCCUAUUGAUGAUGUGAUUGAAAGAGUGACAAGCAUGGGUUUUCCGAGAGACCAUGUAAGGGCAACAGUUCGGAAGCUGACAGACAACGGUCAGGCAGUUGACCUGAAUGUUGUGUUAGAUAAGCUGAUGAAUGAUGGGGAUGUCCAGCCACCUAGAGGUUGGUUUGGUCGGUAGUUACGUGUGCUUGGUACCGAGUCUUCAGACUCAUGUAUAGGAAGUAUCAACUUGUUUCUAGAUCUUUUUUAAUGACGUAUAUGGAAUUAUGGUAUGGUAUUUAGGAUUUCCUGUGCUUUGGCUUCACUUAUAUUUUCUUUUUAAGAGUUUUACAGUGCUUGCACUUGGUUUUAACCGAUUUUAUUGCUUUGCCCAGCUCUCCCGAUUUUCAUCUCAUUUGUGUAUUUACUCGUAAUAAUUGAAAGUGGAUUACUGUAUCA